AUGGCUUCUUCUUCCCAAUCCUACAGCUUGGUCGGUACCGCUAACGUUGCUGCCUCCAGUGCCUCUGGCUCUCGCUCCGCUGCCCAAUCUUCGGCCUACUCUUCCUCCGGCUCUUCUUCGACCUCAUCUGCCGGUGCUGCCGCUCUGUCCAACCCAAUCUCCUACUCUGGCUCCAACUCCAAGCUGGUUGCCCUGUUUGCAGGCCUCGACUUUGUAAAAUGA